AUGGAGAGAUAUUCUCGUCCUCCUAUGGCCGCUUCUUCCCUAACCAUCGCCAAGUCGAAGAAGCGGGGCAGCUACAACUGCCGCCUCUGCGGCUUGCCCAAAAAGGGCCACAAAUGUCUUGCUCAAAUUUCCUUACUGUCUAUCGUCUCCACGCCUUCCUCAUUCGCCCCUUCUUUGCUGAAGAAGGACUCUGUCGCGGCGCGCCGUCAAGUUACAUUUGGCGAGGUUACUUUAAUGAACAAUGAUAAGAAGAUUGAUUCGGAAGGCGAUUUCAAUCCCCAUGGAUUGGUCACUUUUGCGGAUGAGCUGGAAAAUGAUCUGAUUCAUGAUUUAGAAGAGGAUUUCGAUGAUCCCAACGGAGGAUUGCCGACGAAUUGCCUUCGGAAGAUUUUUGAAAAAUUGCCGCCAGCUGGGGUGCUUUCUGCUGGUGGAGUUUGCAAGUCUUGGAGGGAGGCGAGUCUGAGAAUUUGGCGCGACGCAGAAGAGCUUCGGAUUAAGGUUCCGAAGAAGAAGAGGCCGAUGGAAUUCAUUGGAUCGGUUUUGCAGAAGUGCCCUGAGCUGCUAAGACUCUCCCUCUUCAUGGAAAGUGAUUUUGAUGCAACGAUGCUCGCCUGCAUUGCCUUCUCCUGCUUCGAAUUGCAGACUCUCGACAUCUCUAUGUCUCCUUCUUCCAUCAAUCGAAUUACUGGGGAUGAGCUGAGUCUGUUUGUGUCCGAAGAAAGAAGCCUUACCACUCUCAAACUCGAAGGCUGCUCUAAUCUCAGGGGAUUCGAUUUUACUUCGUCUAGCCUCGAAACCAUUUGGCUAUAUGAUCUUCAUUCUAUCUCGCAAAUGAUUUUUAGCUGCCCAAAUUUAAGGGAGAUUGCACUAGAUUUUUGUUGUCAAGAAAAAGAUACAACUGAUCUUACUUCAAUAAUGGCGAAUAUCGGUUGGUGCUGUCCGAAGCUUCAAAAUAUUCAUAUCGCUUCGACUUUACUGUCGAAUUCAGCUGUGAAGGCUCUCUCUUCUGCAAACUUGAGGGAGUUGCGAAUGCUUUCUCUUCUUUUUGGAUCAAAUAUAACCGAUGUUUCGGUUGCUGCUAUUACCUCAAGUUUUCCCAAUUUAGAAUUGCUCGAUCUAAGCGGGUCGAGCAUAACUGACAGUGGCAUCGCAAUGAUAUGUCAUAUUCUUUCCAAAACACUGUCGAAACUUCUACUCGCACUCUGUCAUAACAUCACUUCAAGUGGUAUACAGUUCGCCACGGGGCAACUUCCUUCUCUCGAACUUUUGGAUUGCGGAAAGACUCUAUUAUGCGAUCAUUCGGAAAGGUCUUCGGAAGAAAAGAUAUAUGUAUUGUCUCCCGUGUACCAAAAAUUAUUUAUCAAGCAUAGCAAGUUGAAGAAAUUAAGCUUGUGGGGAUGCUCCGGACUGGAUUCACUGUAUAUAGACUGUUCGAGUCUCAUUGAUUUGAAUCUCAACUCUUGUGAAAAUUUGCAUCCAGAGAGAUUGCGGCUUCAAUGUCCUAAUUUGGAAAUCGUAGACGCAUCAAAUUGCAACGACAUACUAAUCAAAGCUAUAAGAAAUCAGGUCGACAAUGAUAUAUCUCCUCUUGAAGACCAUAUUUCGCGUAAACGCAUGCCGGAUAAUUCGAAACGAGUUGGAGUUCCAUGUUAUAACGCCCUACCGUGUUUGUGUUUGUGUGUUCGGACAUACGUCGAUAAGGAAUGCACAAGACCUACAAAACGUCGUCGUUGUCAGCUUCUGGUGGAUUUGUAAAUUGAAGUGCAAUGUGAAGAUUUGUGUUGCUGCCAUUGUUAGGGUUUGAUUGCUUGCUGCUAGUGGCAACUAACGUUUUGUACAUGUAUCUGUGUAUAUACU